AUGUCACGCCCCCCCUCAUCCCGCCAACAUCACAAGAACCUCGAACCCCUCAAGAUCACCCACCACAACCGCCGCUCCUCGACCGCCUCCCUCCCCAGUCCCAGCCUCGUCGCCGCCCGCGCCUACUACCUCGAGCAAACGACGCCUACAGGGCAGGUUGUAGAUCCCAUCCAGCGACGCAGGAGCCUUUUCGAAGGCCCUGACAAUAGCUCCCCUGGCACUCGCAGAAGACACUCGGUUCUCGCACCUUCAGAAUCCUCCCCUCGCGCCCUCGCCGUUCCCAGGAGAGCAUCCAUCCCAGUCCCAGUCCCUUUCGAAUACACACACAACCACCUCCGCGACUGGGGCCACGUCUACCUGAACAACGUUUCCACCGCCGACGUAUUCGUGCAGGCCUUGCCCCUGCCCCAACCCAAUCUCUCCCCCGCCCUCGCCCUCGCCCCCGACUCAGCAUCAUCACCACACGUUACAAUCCGCGCACUUAUCCAUCCUAAAUCAGCCACUCGCAAACCAUUCCUUAUCCAGCGUUCUUUCGAUUUAGAUCAUUUGCGCGCUAGCAUUCCUCUUUCUCUUUCGCCUUCUUCGACUUCUUCUUCUUCUCAUCCCAUCGAACCUCUUCCUCCUCCUCCUCCUCCAGUUCCUCCACUCCGGCGUUCUCCACGCUCUCACUCUCACUCUCACUCUCGUCCUGGCCCCGCUAUACCAAUCCACAUCGAAUACGCACUCCACUUCCUCCCCGUCCUAGCCUGCCUCAUGCUCUCGAGCCACAUCCACCGCGGCGACACCAUCCACCUUCCAAUACCAAACCCUGAGUCCUGGCCUGACGUCCAACAGCAACAGCAACAGCAACAGCAACAGCAACAGCAACAGCAACAGCAACUGACUCAUCUAUUGGCGCCCAUCUAUCAUAUCUACCGGCGCACUAUCAUAUCUACCGGCGCACGUCCUCAUCUCAGGGCACACAAGGGGUAUUAG